AUGGAUGAAAAUUUUCAUCGAUUACAAAACAAUGAAAGGCAUCAAAGCAACAAUAUGGAACAACCUUUAGAUUUAACUAUAAUGAAUACAAAAACUCCAUUUACAAUCGAAUAUCUAACAUCAAAUAUUUAUAAUCCAAAGCAAAAACCAAUAUAUUAUCAUCAACCAUUACCAUUACAUUCAUCGGAAAAUCAGCAACAACAUUUUUCUAUGAAUGUAUCAAUAAAUGAGCAUGUUGUACCGAGUAUUUCUAGUCCAUCAACAAGUACAAAUUGUGCGUUGGAAAUAGUGAAUGGUGGACAUGGGAUUAAAAAUCCAUUAUUCGAUUGUGCGACAGAAGCACUACAAAUUAAAUAUGCGAAUUCAACAAAUCAUGGCGAACAAUACGUAUGUGGUCUAUGCAUGAAAACUUUCAAACUCCAGCGUCUUCUUAAUCGGCAUUUAAAAAAUCAUAGUCAACUCAAACGAUACUUAUGCACAUUUUGUGGCAAAGGUUUUAAUGAUACAUUUGAUCUUAAACGGCAUACACGAACGCAUACAGGUGUUCGUCCAUUUAAAUGUGAUAAAUGCGAAAAAGCAUUUACACAACGUUGUAGUCUGGAAUCUCAUCAACGAAAAGUUCAUGGAUUAAAUCAUCCCUACGGAUAUAAAAUUCGUCGAAAUAAAUUAUAUGUAUGUGAAGAUUGCGGACAUACAUCAACGGAUCCAACAAAACAUUAUGAACAUAUAAAACGUUUUCAUCCAUAUUCACCACUUCUGCAUCGAUACUAUGACAAGAGACAAUUUAAAUUUGAUUCAAAUUCUUUACUUUCAAAUAAAAGUCUAUCAGAUAGAUCGGUUCUAUCCGAUGAAGAUAUUCAUAUUCAAUGA